GAGUUUUGGCUCUCCCGAUAUUCAAAACGCUAGGGCCACUGCGGGCCUGACCGCGACGGCACCAUGCUCUGGGUGGACAAGCACCGCCCCCUGGAGCUCGGGAAGAUGAGCUACCACGGCGAGCUGAGCGAGCGGCUCGCGACGCUCGCCGCGGACGGCGACAUCCCCCACCUGCUCUUCUACGGCCCGUCCGGCGCGGGCAAGAAGACGCGCAUCAUGGCGCUGCUGCGCGCGCUCUACGGCGCCGGCGCCGAGAAGCAGCGCCUCGAGCACCGCGACUUCAAGACGCCGACGAACAAGGCCAUCGAGGUGACGACCGUCGCGUCGAACUACCACAUCGAGAUCAACCCGUCGGACGCGGGCAACAACGACCGCUACGUCGUCCAGGAGGUCAUCAAGGAGAUCGCCCAGUCCGGGUCGCUCCACAAGGGCGACAAGGGCCGCGUCGGCUACAAGGUCGUGCUCCUCGUCGAGGUCGACCGUUUGACGCGGCAGGCGCAGGCGGGCCUCCGGCGGACGAUGGAGAAGUGCACGAGCAGCUGCCGCCUCAUCCUCUGCUGCAACAACCCGUCCAAGGUCAUCGACCCCCUGCGGUCGCGCUGCCUCGGCAUCCGCGUCGCCGCGCCGACGGAGGCGGAGAUCGUCGCCGUGCUGGACGACGUCGCGGCGCGCGAGCGCCUCGACCUGCCGCCCGCGCUCGCCGCGCGCAUCGCCAAGGCGUCGAAGCGGAACCUGCGCCGGGCCAUCCUGAGCCUCGAGGAGUGCAAGGUCCAGCAGUACCCCUUCGACGCGGCGCAGGCCGUGCCGCUGCCCGACUGGGAGCAGUACGUCGUCGCCAUCGCGUCGGACAUCGCGCGCGAGCAGUCGCCCCAGCGGCUGCUCGCGACGCGCGACAAGCUCUACGAGCUCUUGUCCAAGUGCAUCCCCGCGGACGUCAUCCUCAAGACCCUCGCGCGGGAGCUCCUCAAGAACCUCGACGACGAGAUGAAGGCCGAGGUCCUCAAGUGGGCCGCGUUCUACGAGCACCGCAUCACCCAGGGCAACAAGGAGAUCUUCCACCUCGAGGCCUUCGUCGCCAAGUUCAUGUGCCUCUACAAGAAGUUCAUGAUGGAGAUGUUCGCCUAGGGCCCGACCUAAAGAGGCGCGCUUACGACUUC